UUUUUGUCCCCAACUAAUCGAUAACUCGUAUCUCUGAUAAUAAGUUCAUUAUCACAACAUAUUUGACGCAGGAAUAAAAUCAAUUAGUACGUGAGUGAGUGCGCUAAAAUGAGGUUCUUGUGUUUACUUGGGAUAUGCUUAAUUGCUGCUUCUGGCAAUGCCCAGCAAAGGAUCAUUGGCGGUGUAGAGACCACUAUAGAGAGUUACCCAUUCAGCGCUUCCAUGCUAUUCUCUCCCAACAACCAAUACUACGAACACCAGUGUGGAGGCACCAUCAUCACCAACAACGCUAUACUGUCCGCUGCACAUUGUUUCACCUCCCUCCCUGGCAACGACAGUCCCCCAGCCUUGUUCUGGCGCGCCCGCGUUGGUUCAGCGCGGUGGGCCACAGGGGGCGUGGUCCACGGCCUCAGAGACGUCAUCAUACACCCUAACUACGACCGCGACACGCAAGACUCGGAUAUAGCUGUGCUUAGGACGGAGACUAGGAUAAGGUAUAACGCGCAAGUGGCGCGGGCUUCUAUAGCCGGCAAGUACUAUACAGUGGCCGAUAGAAGCGAAGUUUGGGUCAUCGGGUGGGGAAAGACAUCGCUAACGAGCGGCGAAUACUCCCCAAUAUUAAAACACAACAACCUAACGAAAAUAAACCACAAAGAAUGCCAAGACGAGAUCGGGGCCAACGUUAUAACGGACAACGUGAUCUGCAUCGGGAGACGGACUCCCACAGGCAGUGCUGGCGGCCAGUGUAAUGGAGACUCGGGCAGUCCUGUCAUACAGUAUCACCAAAAGCAACCAGUCAUUGUGGGGGUGACAUCCUGGGCGUUCAACUGCACUCUAGGCCGGUACUACGGAGUUAUGAACGCGAAGGUUUCCAGUUUCUCCGACUGGAUCAACGAGACCGUUAUUACUACUAACAAAGUUUAAAGUGAUACGUAGGAGAGGCUUUUGUUGAGAACAAAAUCCAUAGAUUAAUUUAUUGUUAUUUAUGAUAUUUAGCUUGAUCAAUUGAAACCGCUUUUAUGAACAAUAACCAAACUUACAAGAACUUUACUUCUUAUUAGUAGUCAUACAUGUUGAACUAAGUGCCGAAUAGUUACCCGCCAAGUAUUUUUAUGAUUGCAGCAUUUAAUAAACUAAAUUACAAACCACA